AUGAUUUUGUCCACAACACAAGCAGCUGCAACCGCCACGUUCUUGCUGUCUUUCUUGGCAUCUCUGUGGGUCUUCCUGUUCUACAAUGACCACAAUGACCACAUCACAGUCCUCUUACUCCCAGUUCUGGGAGCGUUGAUGGUACUAGCAUUGGUUGUGAUCGCGGCACGGGCGACCAUGAUGGCGUGGAUCACAGUGCUUGUGCUGCUAACAUUUGCCGGGAAUCAUCGUCGGGUUUUGGUUCGACGCGGGAAGCUCAUCACCGCUGAUGUCGCAAUCUACUUGUUCAGGGUGAUCAUAAAAGAGAGAGGCCUCCUUGCCGUUGCUUGUGCAACGAUUCUCAGUCUCAUGGCCAUGCUUGGCUUCAAAAUUUGA